AAAUUUUUAAAUAUUUAUAUCAUAUCAUACUUUCUAUUCUAAAUAUAUGAAUAUUAAUCAAUGUUAAUAGAAAAUCCGGCGGCUUUACAGACAUGGCUUGUUAAAAUAUUAGCAACAUUGAGUGAAGCUAAUCCAGAUGCCUUGUCAAAAUAUGUAUUGGCUUUGAUAAAAAAGGAUAAUAAAAGUGAAUAUGAACUUAAAAAAAUAUGCGUUGAUCAAUUGGAUGUAUUUUUACAAGAUGAAACCGAAAACUUUGUUAACAAACUGUUUGAGGUCAUCAAAACUAAAGGCUAUAACAUCCUCACUUCCAAAGGAACUGAUAAAAAUUCUUCAUCUAUAUCCUUAAUCUCCAAAACAUCCAGCUCUAAAACUUUGGGAAAAUCAACCUCCAAUUUAUUAAAAGAUAACAUCAACACAUCAUCAGUCUCUACUCACAUUGAUAAAAAUAGGCGUAAAAGAUAUGAGUCAGCCUCCAGUAGUUCUGAUUCGAGUAGUUCAGAAGAUAAUUCUAAUAAACUUUCCAGCAACAUCAAAGUACCCUCUAAUAACAAUAACUCAUAUCCCAACACAAAUAUAAGUAAAAGUGUAGACAAAAACAAUUUCAACUUUAACAAAGAAAAAGUUAAAAGUAACAAUCUCAAGAAUUAUGUCUCUGCUAUUGAAAGAAAUAUUGCCAAUGUCACAAAAAUUAGCAGAGAUAAAGAGAGGGACAAAGAAAAGGAAAGAGAAAAGAUUAAAGAAAAAGAUAAGGAAAAAGUAGUCAAGAAGUAUGAAUUUACCACUUUGUCAAUCGAUGAGAAACUAAUACCACCAUCUAGUAUUGCUCCAUCUAAACAAGCUCAUUCCUCUCAACAAAUAAGCCCCAAGGAUGAUAGAACAAUUACCAAGAACCUGGAGGAUAAUAAUUAUAUUGAUAAGAGUGCUCCAGUUUACAAUGAACGAAACGCUUCUAAAGAUCUACCUUCAUCUCAACUUCCUCAAACUCCUCCCAAAAAAACUUUGAUCAAAAGCCAUGACGUUGGCCCGGAAAAUAAAAUCAACAAAACUAUUAUAAUACCCGUAUCUACAUCCGCCUCAAGCCUGGUCCCCACCGCGGCGGGCUCUUGUAGAGAUUAUAACGAGAAAGGGUUUUGCAUGAAGGGCGAUCAAUGUCCUUACGGGCACGGGAAGGAUGCCGUAGUUUUGACCGACGUCAAAUCUGUUUUCCCGUUUGCCAGUGAAUCAUUACCAUCCCACCCUCCGCCCAUGCAUCCAUCUUCUUUUCUCUCCUCUCUCCCGCCUCCCUCAUUUCCUUCCUUACCGCCACCGCUAUUUCCGCCUCCUCACUUCCCGCCCCCUCAUUCCAGCCGCGCCCCUCUUUUACCGCCCCCGCAACUUCCCAUGACUCACCAUCUCUCCUAUCCUUGUACGACGAACGUUAUGCUGAGCGAAUACAAUCCGGAGGAACCCGGGCUGGCUCGAAAAGCCGAAAUUGUCGGUAUCGAUGAGGAAGAUGUAGACUUGGACCACGCCCUCGAGGAUGUUCCCGAUAAUUUUCAAGUAAACAUUGGAGGGCCCAUUGGGGGCUUCGACUAUGGACGAUUGGGAGGAGAUUUCCAAGACGAUAGCACGCUGACUUACACUAACAAUUUCAAUCAUCACACCAAUCGCAAAAGGUUAAUUAAUUCCAUCAAAAAUAAGUACAACAACGUUAUCAUCAACACGAGAUCCAAUCCCUCGUUAUUCAAAAAUCAGAAUCCUCAAAAUCAGGUUGGCAAUAAAAAUAACAAAACUCUCGAGCUCAAGAAAAUACCUGUGGAGAUGAAUAGUAUUAGUCAACUGAACGGUUACUUCCAAAGAUUCGGCCAAUUAGUCAAUAUUCAAGUCAACCACGAUGACGACCCCAGAGCUGCUCUAGUGACCUUUAGCUCCAACGCGGAAGCUUAUAAGGCUUACAAAUGCCAGGAACCUAUAUUCAAUAAUCGUUUCAUCAAGAUGUUUUGGCACAACCCAUCCAAAGUGGAAUCCGACAAUGUUAAUAAGUUUGAUCGAUCAGAAUCGAACGAGUUAGGCUUUAAUGAUCCACUAGAAACGGAGUUGAGAGAAGAUGCUAACCCACGCAUUGACUCCCAAAAAAUAGCAAGAAUUAAAAAGUUUUCUUCCGAUACCUCCCAUUUCAAUAAUCAUUUCAAAAAGAUCAAACUCAGCCAACACAAUAUCCCUCCGCCUCAACAUGCGACCGAUCAGAUGACGGGAGAUUGGUUUGAUAAAAAUGAAGAGGCACAUACCCCGAUCUCCAUUACCCCUGCUACAAAUGACACGAUGGACCCCCAAUCUCUGAGGUUGGACAAACGCAUUGACCUAACCCGCACUCGUUACUCUCUCCUGUUGAAACGGAUCGAAAAUCAGAGGGCCCUAAUAGAGAAAAUGAGCCUCAAACCUGCCCUCUUUUCCGGUUCUGUUCGGGAUACGGCCAUCGAGACCAUGAAAGAACUCGAGCAAAGCGUGGGUAAGCUCAAGAGGGAACUGGACGAUUAUUACGGCUCUUCUAAUGGUAUUAACGUUAAUCCCGCCACUGGUGCUCAUGGGAUGAGUCUGAUUGGCAACACUAUAAAAGAAAAUAUUAUUAAAAUGACCAAAAAGCAAAUUCUAGAUGCCGAGCUCGAAUUGAUCACCAGGGCCCCGAAAGAGCUUCUUUCUAAUGCUACUAACAACCUGGCAUUCGCCCCUUCUCCCGUCAACAAAGAAACCAAUUCCUCCUUCAAUACGACCGAAAUUCAAGAUAUCAAGUUACUAAUCCAAAGGUUGAACCGUAAAAAGGCCGCCCUUCUCAAUUCUUCCAACCCUAUCCGAUUGGGCAAGAGCAGAAUUAUCAACAAGUUACCGUCGGCUUACAAGAAAGAUGUAAAUACCAGUUCAAACGGAAGUCUAGCGGUGCCCAGGAUGCGUACCGGAUUAUCUCAUGCUGUCGAUAGGAGACCCAAAUCUUUGCUCCUUGCUUUACACCCAUCCCAUCCCAAUCAGCCAAUUAACGCCGAAGAUGAAAAGUGGCUAGUGUUCGGGGAAAAGCUGAAAGAAUAUUUGGGCUUUAAAUUAUUGCCAGCUCAGACCUUCGAAAGAAUCGAAUCACUGGAAGAGGGAAAAGGGCUUAAUUUUCGGCUUGAAUUUGAAAAUAGGAAAGAAGCCGAGAGGUUCAUGUCCAUGGCAAGUUCGAGUAGCCUCACCUUCGAAGGUUUUAAUAUGCGCUUUACUUGGCAAUCAUCAUCCACCAAUAAUGCUACAACAAUGCCAGCUAAUAGUUCUAUUCAAAUUUUAAAAAAUUUCCCUUCAAACCCGCAAAUCGAUAACGCGUCCCAAAUAAUCCCUUCCUAAAAAUGAAAAUUGUCUUUUUCUUUAGUGUAUAUUUUUAAUAUGAUUAUAUUUAUAAAGAUAUCACUAUAUUUUAAUAAGUAACUAUCAUUUUAAAAAAAAUGUUUAUUAGAUCCUUUUUUUUAAAAAAAAAUCAAAUUUAGAAACUUAUUAAGGGUGGGAUGUUUAAUUAUAUGUUUUAAUUUCUUCUUUCCCCUUGAACUUUCACAUGUUUUUCAGAAAGUAUUAAUUGUUUUUAGAAAUAUGUUUUACUCUAACAAUUACUAUCAUGAUAUUGCCAGUUGAUUAGCUAAUUAUAUUGCAAACCACCAAUGACCAUAAAUCUUUACCCCCCCCCCUUCUCUCAACACAAUGACAAUUAUUAUUAUACAUAAUAUGAGAUAAGUUAUACAUUAUUAUUUUUCAAAUAAGUUAUCAAUUGUUCUAUUUCUUAAUUAUAAAAAUUUUUAGUCUCUGUAUUUUAUGUUUAUAUUUUUACCAAAAUAAUAAUAAAUUUCACAACCUAUCAUUUUAAAACAAAAAAAGAAAUAAUAUUUACCAUA